AUAAGCUAUCCAUCAUACAGCAAUGAAUGCUCCCCCUUCCCAAUUCAAGAAAUUCUCAUUUUUUUCAUGUUAUGACAAAACAAAAACCUAUGUGAUAUAUUAAGCCUCUCCUUCCUUCUUCCGCACCAAAAUCCCCCCCUCCUCUCAACAUGACAAGCAGAUCAUCGGCACCACAGUUUUUCAGAUUGGUGGCCAUACCAAGGUCAUGACCUGCAUUGGAAUGGCAUUCUUUCAAUCCAAUUUCAUGCUUCAAACUCCUCAUGAAGAUGGGCAUCAUCAUCAUCAUCAACCUCCAACCUCUCUCGGUCCAAUUCUACCCCCUUGCACUUCUCAAGACUUCCAUGGUGUUGCAUCACUUCUGGGGAAGAGAUCUAUGUCAUUUUCAGCCAUUGAAGUGUGUGAUCAUGAAACCAAUGGGGUUGAAGAUGACUUAUCAGAUGAUGGGUCACAAGCUGGCGAGAAGAAGAGGAGACUGAACUUGGAACAAGUGAAAACACUUGAGAAGAACUUUGAGUUGGGAAACAAGCUUGAACCUGAGAGGAAAAUGCAGCUGGCAAGGGCUCUUGGGCUGCAACCAAGACAAAUAGCUAUAUGGUUUCAGAACAGGAGGGCUAGGUGGAAGACAAAGCAGUUAGAGAAAGACUAUGAUGUUCUUAAGAGACAGUUUGAUGCUAUCAAGGCUGAUAAUGAUGCUCUCCAAUCUCAGAACCAGAAACUUCAAGCUGAGAUAAUAGCACUUAAAAACAGAGAGCCAACAGAAUCAAUAAACCUAAACAAAGAGACAGAGGGUUCAAGCAGCAACAGAAGUGAAAACAGCUCAGAGAUCAAGCUAGACAUCUCAACAAGGACCCCACCAGCCAUGGACAGCCCUUCAUCAAACCAUCAUCAUGGCCAUCCAAUUAUUCCAACAAGCAGCAGCAGACCCCUCUUUCCACCCUCCAUCAUCACCAGGCCCACUUCUGCUGCCAUGGCCCACCUCUUCCUAAACUCUUCUUCUUCAUCAAGACAACCUGACCACAAGAUCAUUGAUCAUCAAAAUGCUGUCAAAGAAGAAAGCUUUUCCAACAUGUUUUGUGCCAUUGAUGAUCAAUCUGGGUUUUGGCCAUGGUUGGAACAACAACACUUCAAUUGAAUUGAAACCCCCCCUUGGCUGUAUUAGAAUCAACAAUGCUAUAUAUUCAGAAAACAAAAACAAAAAAAAAAGUAAUGUUACAUGUAAUCUCAUUUGUUACCUUAUUUUCUCACUCAUAAAUGCACUUGAGACCCACUUACUGUGUUUAGAGAUGAGAAAAUACGAUAAGAAAUAUUAUUAUAUGUAACAUUUUUCAUUCAAAAAAGUGUUCAGAAAAUGCUAUGUAUGGAUUGGAUCAGUCUAUCUGGGCCCAUUUCACGCCAAAUUUGCAUUUUCACCGUACGUUUCAUUUAUUUGGGAUAUUUUUUUGAAUUUUUUCAAGUACUUAGCAACUUGUGACCCGGGUUCAGUGAGACUAAGUAAGAAUGAGAAAAUAUUUUCUAUCUGUGAGGUUUGAUUAAAUCUUGUUUUUUGAUAGUUAAACUUGGUGUAAAAAAGGAGCAUAUAUAUCAAGUUAAAUUUAAUUGUGGACUUUUGAAGA